CAAGUUUGCAUGGAGUCAUUUUAGGACCAUAGACUGUAUGAAAGUGGACGUAAUCAUCGUGAUGUCACCCGUUGAGUUUGACUGGGGUUUUGGAGACUGGUCCACAUGCAGCGCUUCUUGUGGGAACACAGGGACUUGGCUGCAGAGGAUUCACUGUGUCACUCUGGAUGGAAGGGAAGUUCAGCCCAGAAUGUGUCAGCACAUACCAAAACCCUUCACCUUCCCAGUUCCCUGCAACAGACAGGACUGCCCUCCCAGAUGGUCGGUGUCAAAGUGGUCAAAGUGCUCGGCCUCGUGUGGCAGUGGCUGGAAACAGAGGCAGGUCUCCUGUCAGCAGCUGGAUGCCAGAGGUAUAGUGAGGACCCUGACAGCGGCUGGCUGCAAGAGGAUGAGCCAGCCCACAGACACAGAGCAGUGCACCGCCAAUAACUGUCCAACCUGGAUAACCAGUCCAUGGGGAAAGUGUUCAGGGAGGUGUGUAGGCUCCACCACCAGUGUACAGAAGAGAUCUGUCAUCUGCCAACAUGCCAAUGGCUCCUCAUACACAGACUGUGAUCUGAGGGACAGGCCUGCGUCAGUACGCAACUGUUCCUCGGACCUGUGUGACGUCCAUUGGCGUCCCGGUGCGUGGCGGGCCUGCACGGUGGUCUGUGGCAGCGGCUUUCAGUCCCGCAAGGUGGACUGUGUUCACAGCAGGAGUGGCAGGACUCUAGCUGACCAGCACUGUGCCUGGCUCCAACGGCCCUCCACCUGGCAGUACUGCAACAUUACCAUCUGUGGGAGUGAAUGCAGGGACACAAACCAGUACUGUAGUGCGGUGAAGAGACUGAAGCUGUGCCACCUGGAUCCGUACAAACAGAGUUGCUGUGGGUCAUGUUUACAGGGCAAUGACUCCACCUAGUGGCAGUGUUACAGUUAUAACCCCACUACUUUUUGUUAAAUAGAUGGACUACAUGAGAUGAAUGACUGAGCGACGACUGAAAGGACAUUAUUUGUGAGUGGAUGCAUAGAUGCAUAUAUGUAAGCUGGGCAAGCUUCUGUCCAAUUAUUUCACUUCCUAAAAGGAAACUGAACGCAGCCUCAAAAGGCUGGAAGUAUGAGGGGGCUUUAUUUUCUGAUUUGGACCCAACCUCCCAAAACGAAGUGUUCACUGUGUGGAUCAAAAGGAAUUUUUUUGACUUACCUGCAAAAAACUGAACGUUUAGUUUCAAGGGACAUUUAAAAUAGGCUGCCAGGCCAAAACAGAAUAUAAUGAUGUUGUUUAUGGUAGAGCGCAUACCUCAUACUUUAUCAGAUUUGAGAUAUCAGCCAGUCAUGCCAUCCACUGCUGAUAUAAGUGAGGUUCAUCAGAUCAGCCUAGAAAACGUGCAGUCAUACUUUUCUUUCUUUAAUUGUUUCUUUAUUUAUUUGUGUAAUUGUUCAAAAGUGAUUUAUCUAAAAAUAUUAAAGGGAAGUUCCGCUUUAUUAUAACUUAAGUAAUUUUCAUAGUUUUGACCAUUACACUGAAAGUGUUAUUUUCAGUGAUAGAAAUGAUGGUGCAAAAAUAAGUUGUAAUACCCGAAACUGUUCUUUAAUGUAUUGUUUACUUUCCCUACCAUUAAAUAAGUACAGUAUGUCAUCUUGCUUUAACAAGCUGCUAACCCUGAGAAUUUCUUUAGUGUGAGUUCCAGUGUCCCACGUGUUUUAGUGUCCCCUUGUCACGUCCCCAUGUCCUUGUUCGAAGGCUUUUCCAACCUAAUAAGUGUAAAGGUUUGGUUGUACUGAAUUCUUGUUCUUCUUUGACAUGAAAAUGAUCAAGAUUAAAAAAUACUGACACAAAACAUCAGCACAAAACCCACUGUUGGUGACUUCAGUCUAGAAUAUUGUAUUGGCCUUCAAAAUAUUGAUUUGGCCGAUUCAGCAAAACUCCAGAUAGUGUGCAGUGCUGAUGUUUUUGAAAUGAUCUAUUUCUACUCUAUUUGUGAGGCAGUUACAGGCUGGUCAGGUUAGGGAAAAGUAGUGGUUAUCAGUUAAAGGAUAAGCAACUUAAAUACCUGAUUAAGGUUUGGGAAAGAUCAUGGCUGCUUCAGGGUUAGGGUUAGGUUACUCUCCAUUGACAAGGAAGUUUGGAAUAGGAAGCGAAGGCACAGGUCAGCACAUGUCACUCAAGAGUCCGCACACCGUGUGAACCCUCAUUCAGCCAGGAGGAGCCCCAAACCACAAAGUGGCAGGGAAGUAGAGAAGAGAGAGAGAGAGGAGAAGGAGAACCCAGACAUUAGGAGAAUCCUGGAGACAGUGCAAAAGCAGCGGUCAAGGGAUUAAGGGCCAAAAAAACAAUCCAAGAUCCAAAGGUGCAAAGAUGUUUUGUGAGGAAGAUGUUUAAGAUGAUGGUCAAGGGGAUAGAAUCAAAGGUGUCCCAGGGAGGGAUUAGCCGUUACCAUGAAGAUUGGAAGGAUAAGGUAUUAUUGGAGUUAGGGGUUAGGGUCACAAACUGCAUGAAAGUCAGAUCUGCUACACGUCUAUCCACCACCCCCACUACAACACCCUUACUUAACUACAUUAAAGGACAGAAUGCUUCUUGCAUUGGCACUGAACGUGGGCACAAUUAUGUGCUGCAGAAUCAUCCAGUAUGAACAUAAUUCCUGGGGAUACUGGGCUGGUGAAACCCUUAUGUGGAGAGAAUGCAGCAGUGGAGGUCUUGUGUGUAAUAUAUAAUAGCAAUGUCAGGUCAUGUAUGUGUUUAUAAAACAGAAUUUGGGAUUGAAAUUAACUUAAAGACCAUUGACUUGUGUGAAGGUACUGGGUUGUGAUUGUAGUUACAAUACAUGUCACUGAUGAGGAAAAGAGCUGCUGCUAUUGGUGGAGGUUCGGUUGUGAAAGCAUCACUCUAUGAUUCUCAACCAUGGCAGUACAAAAGGUUUUGUAAAAUAAUUUUGAUAUUACAAAUGAAGAACAGCCGGCGCUGGAAUGAGAGGCACCAGCACACCAAUGAUUUUGACUGAAUUGUCUAUUCAUGUUACCUUUGUGUUGGUUAUCAUAGCGAUGUGCUGCAUUUUAAAAUGUCUUGUAUAUACUGUGUGUUCUAAGUGCAAUAUCGUAUAUUGGGUGUAUGUAGAUUGUGUGAGACUUUUAUUUUCUUACUCAUUCAUGGUUAUGGUGUCUUUUUAAAAUAUAAAGCAUGUGUAUUUGUAGACUGGGUGGUAUGUUUACUACCACUCGCUUGGUUUUAUUUGCAUGUGUUUAAGCGCAAUCUCCAAUGUUUUGUAGCUCCAUUGUGAAAUGCCGCCAGGCAACAAGCAUUCUUCAGUGUUUUUCCCUGGCUUCUGAAACAGUAUAUCUGAUGUGGUGACAUUACACUGUGUGUGGUUUUGCAGCUUGACUGAGAGAACAUGAGGUAGUACAACAAAUCAUUAACGUGCUAUAGAUAACACAAAAGAAUAAAGACAGUUUGAUCACUUCAUAAAUGUGGACCUAGUUUUUACCUUCAAGGUACCUUGACCCUCAAACAACCUUGCUCUGGCUCUAAAGGUAAAAGAUAAGGGUUUCCUAAAAUUGUAAAAGUUUGAAACAAGCAUGCACAAGCAUGAUUUUAUGACAGUACAACUAACCCAUCAUCACCUAAAAUGUAAAUCACACAAGCAUGAUGUGGAUCUAGAGCUGAAGGUUUACUGAUUGUGUCAAGUGGUUCAAAUUUUAAAAUAAAAUAUACAUGUAUUUGUGUAUCAAAACAAA